GUCUUUCUUCCGGAACCCGGAGAACCAAAAGCGCCUGGAUGACUUUGAGUCAACAGCAAAGGGCACUGGGCACGAUUACCGAGCCCAGCUGGUACAGCUGCUGGCUCAUGAGGUUUAUCCCAGGAUCUACCAAAAGUUUCACGUGCCAGUCAUGGACGACCUCGAUGGUCCCAAGCUGAUGCUUGAAGCCAUGUCCAACGUCUCUUCGAGCAACCUGCAGGUGUGCGAAUUGUGGAUGGAGGUAGAGAUGCUGAUGCGGAACAAGGCCUCGGCACAGCAGGCGCUGAGUGCCGUGAUGUAUUUCAAGGAGCUGCAAGCCAAGGAGCAGAGUGCGGUCGGCGCUGUACCGGCCAAAGAGCAGGCCUCAGAAAGUGAGAGGCCAGCCGAAGCGCCGACAUACGAGAGUGUCCGCGAAGUUGUCGGCCUCCUCCAGAAGGUGGCCGACGGAUGGGAACAGCAUACCCGCCAGCAGAACUCGGCAGAAGCGACACCGCCGCAAGACGGAGUGGACAGCAAGGUCGCCGAUCCGAAGUAUGCACCAUCAAGUGCAACAGCUGAAGACCAACUGGGAAGUGCUACGUCUUCAGCCCCAGCACCCGCAUCGGCACCCCCGUCCAUGAUAUCAAGCUUGCCAGAGGCCGCUCUGAAGGAGCUUCCGCCCGUGGCAUCUUCCUUGGUGAGGGCAGCUGCGGAGAAUCCGAUCGUGGAGAAGCAGCUGCGGCAAUGGGUUACGAGGGCCUCCAACGCUGGUAACGAAGAAGACGGUUCAGAGACGAGAGCGAACGGAACGGAGGCACCUACGCCAGCAGGACCCAUCAGGAAUGGCGAUGAUAGCGCCAAGCUCACCACUCCCAGCCUUCCUGCAACCAAGGCAGAAAGGCCAGCCAAUGGCCACCAGAGCCAGGCAGUAAAGGAGAGGGAGGUAUCUUCGAAGCCGGCUCCGAUAAGCUCACCGAGGACACAGAGUUCACUGCUGGACUGGGAUGCAUUAGAGAAGAUGGAGAAAGGACCGGACAAAGAUGCCGUCCCCGAAGUCGCCUUGACAGAGCCUCUAAAGGUGGCACCCCAGAAGAAUUCAGAGACUUCUCAACGAAGUCACCCAGUCACUCAGCGGAAUGACCCCAUCGCUCCGGCUCCGGGGUCCAAGCAAAAGGACAAGGGCGACUCCCUCAGAGUCGAGGUGCUUGUAAGGCACGGGACGCGGGCCGGCGAGGCUCUGAUUUCCGUCCCACCAGCUGCGACAAUGCUCCAG